UCUUAAAAAUUUAAGCGCUCCUCGGCGUUGCCAGAUUUUCCCCGAACAGGUGGCAACUCUGUGCCAGCUAUGUUUAGUUUUUCUAUGCGUUUAAUGUGCUGAGCGGGGAUUUUUAACUGCAAACAGAUGGAUCCGCCAAAGAAAGUAGUAGCUAAAACGCUGACAUUCACCAUAAGAAAGCGAGCGACCGAAGUUCCGGAGAAGCUUGGGCCCCCAGAAGUCUCAUUUUCAGAAGGUGCUUUGUUAUUGGAGCUUAACAACUGCUGCCGCUUGUGUCUGGAGGAGCCCCACCCCAACCAGAUGAUGGAUAUGUCCACCAUCUAUGACCAGGAGGCAGAACUGAGCUACUAUGACUGCUACGAGAUCUGCACCAAGGAGGAUCUUCGUCAGAAUCUCAGCCAUGAGCCCAAAACUCUUUGCAAACGAUGUGCCGUGGAGCUGCAUUGGGCCUAUGAUUUCCACAAGAAAGUGGAUAUUGCCAACCAGCAGCUGAGGGAGAUCUUUGGAUCCACAGAAAGUUCCGAGCCAGAGCUACCAGAGGAGGAGGAUGUAGGAAAGGAAUUCCCUGUGGAGGAGGAGAUUGAGGAGAAGCAGGAUGACCAGGAUGAACCGGAAACCUCUAAUGCCUACUCCGCCUUAGAGGACAUCGUGCCCCGUCAUCGCUACUCGGGUGAAUUCAGCUGCAAAUACUGCCACAAGCUGUUCAAAAACCAUUCCCGCAUGGCCAAGCACCAGUUGAUUCACCUGACCGUUCGUCCACACUUCGAGUGUAGCCAGUGCGACAAGGUCUACCUCACCAAACAGGCCCUCAAAGUCCACGUGGACUCGAAGCAUAGGCAAUCUGGAGUCCACUGCGACACCUGCGGCAAGGUGUUCGCCAUCGCCAAAGCCCUGGAAAUUCACAAACGGUUUCACAACAAAGAUUUUCCCUAUGCUUGUGAUCUCUGCGAUCGGCGAUUCGCCCAGCGUUCCCAUCUGACUGUCCACCAGCAGGUGAAGCACACGGGCUCCCGCUUUAUUUGUGAGUUUCCAGACUGCCAGAAGUCCUUUACGUCGUCUUCAUCGCUAAGGAAUCACGAGUGCACCCAUACGGCCAUGCCAUUUGAGUGCUCCCACUGUCAACAGAGUUUUCCAGCCCGUAACAAAUUGAGAGCACAUCUGGAGCGCAAGCAUAAUAUGGUAGUGGAACUGGAGGAGCUGGAAGAGAUGCGUAAAUUUCAUAAAGUGCGCUCCAAGUUGGUAAUGGCAAAAGUUUAUACAGGUCAGGAGGAAACAGAAGGCAGUUUUAAAAAUAAAAGCUAAGGAACGUCUAAAUCAAAAGGAUGUUAAAUAUCUAGCCAAUGUAUAAGAACUUAAUUUAAAUAUUGCAAUUAGGCCAAUGUAUGUCACAUAUUGCCAAUUUUAAUCUGUGUAGUUUUCUAAAGACGUUUUAAAAUAUAGUAUUGGUGUUUCGAUUGCAUUAACUAAUGAUAUAUUCAUCACAAA